UUAUUUGGAUGGAAAUCAGUUUACCCUUGUUCCAAAAGAGCUUUCCAACUACAAGCAUUUAACGCUCAUAAUUCUUAGUUACAACCGCCUGAGGUGUAUCCCUGCACGGACUUUUGAUGGGUUGAAAUCACUUAGGUUGUUGUCUUUACAUGGAAAUGAUAUUUCUGUUGUUCCUGAAGGAGCUUUUAAUGAUCUUUCAGCAUUAUCACACCUGGCUAUUGGAGCAAAUCCUCUUUAUUGUGAUUGUAAUAUGCAGUGGCUAUCUGACUGGGUAAAAUCAGAAUACAAAGAACCUGGUAUUGCACGUUGUGCUGGUCCUGGAGAAAUGGCAGAUAAACUUCUUCUCACAACUCCUUCUAAAAAAUUUACUUGCCAAGGGCCCGUGGAUGUUAAUAUUCUUGCUAAGUGUAACCCCUGUUUAUCAAAUCCAUGUAAAAAUGAUGGAACCUGCAACAAUGAUCCAGUUGACUUCUAUAGAUGUACUUGCCCAUAUGGUUUCAAGGGUCAAGACUGUGAUAUUCCCAUUCAUGCUUGCAUUAGUAACCCAUGCCACCACGGCGGAACUUGUCAUUUGAAAGAAGGAGAGAAAGAUGGUUUCUGGUGCACUUGUGCAGAUGGAUUUGAAGGUGAAAACUGUGAAGUAAAUGUUGAUGACUGUGAAGACAAUGACUGUGAGAAUAAUUCUACUUGCGUGGAUGGAAUUAAUAACUAUACUUGCCUUUGUCCACCUGAAUAUACAG